AUUAUGCUGUCACGGUUCCGUAAUCGCGUCUCAAUGAAAACCACGAGAAUUUCGUUCAGUUUAUAUGUAAACAUUUGAAGCAGUAAGCAUUUGAACACAAAAUACAUACUUGGAUAACAAGGAAAACUUCACACAGAAGAAAGGGUAUUUUCCGUCGAUCAGCUGGUCAGAAAGAUUGGGAAUUUACAGGAAGAUGUCCUUAUCUCCGUUCCAGAAAGAAAAACUUGAAUACUACUUCAACUUCUUUGAUUCGGAUGGCAAUGGACAACUGGAACUAAGUGACCUUGAAGGAUUUAUGAAGAAAGUUCAAGACUUCACUGGUUGGUCGGAAUCCUCUCCUCAAGCUCGAGAAUGUUAUGAAGUACACGAGUGUUUCUUCUCAACUCUAAUCGAGAAAAUGGACAAAGCUAAAAAUGAGAAAAUAAGUUUAGACAAGUGGUUUAGAAUGUGGGAAAAGCUGAUUCCAGGCUGCAUGUCGAUGAUUAACUUUCCAGUCUGGCUACGCCUUCUUCCAAGAUCUCUAUUCCGGAUUAUUGACAAGAACCAUGAUGGAAAGAUAUCUGAGAAAGAACUAGCAGAUUUCUAUGUGAAGUUUGUGGGAAUACACGAGGAAAACGUGAAGUCACUGGCUUCCUAUGCCAUGGAGCAGAUGACUGACAGAGGAAGGUAUCCCCUUACACUUGACAGUUACAAUCAAAUAUUUGCUAAUUUCUUGAUUGGAAAGACGCCAUAUGGACCAGGUCGUUUUAUCUUUGGAUGUUUUGAGCAUACGGCACAAAGAACCGAGUUUCAACUGAUACAUGGACCUGGAGAAGACAUAUUAGAUCCAAUACUCGGUCUGAAACGUUUACAGUUAGCACAGAAUUCUCCGUCCACGCCAAACUCCAUCGUAAAAGUGAAAUUCUUCAGGGCUGCUUGAUCUGUCACCUAUUACGUACAGAUAUUUAUCACUUAACAAUAACUGAAAUAUUUAUUGGUAGCAGCUAUGUGCGUGUAAAUGUUCUUGUUCUUUAAUUAAAGUCAGCCUUCCUUCAG